UGCUGGUGGAGCUGGAGGAGGGUCUUAGCAGUGGGCUGGGACUACAUCAGGAGGUCAGAACUGGAACAGUGUAGGCAGCGGCUGACACAAGAGAAGCCCGGAAAGUUGUUCUUCCCGUGGAGAGCACAUACAGAUCAGCUCCACUGGACCAAGAUGGCUGCUGGAUCACUAGCCGGCCUCUCCCUACUCUGCAUCCUGUCUGGGAUCAGCUGUGGGGCCACAGCCGCAAGAGUUAGAGGACAGCAACAGACCCUUCAAAAAGUUUGUGAGAAAGGCUUCUUUCUGAGUGAACGGGGUCUCUGUCUUCCAUGUAACUGCAAAGGCAAUGCUGACCACUGCCAGGACAUCACUGGUGUUUGUAUAAACUGCAAGAACCACAGCACAGGGGACUUCUGUGAGCACUGUGAGGAUGGCUUCCUCUUGGGAGUAGGACCCAACGGGCGGAGGUCCUGCCAGCCCUGCGCCUGCCCCCUGGCUGUCCGUUCAAACAGUUUUGCAGUGCACUGUGACAGAGCGACUGGUAGUUUGCGCUGUAAGUGUCAGGAAGGCUACGCAGGUCAUUCCUGUGAGAGGUGUGCUCCUGGGUACUAUGGCAACCCUAUGGUCAUAGGAAGUUCUUGUAAGAGAUGUGACUGCAGCGGAAACUCCGACCCCAACCUGAUCUUCAACGAGUGCCACAAUGUAACAGGCCACUGCCAGCACUGCUGGGGCAACACGGCUGGGGCGCACUGCGAGAGGUGUGCCCCUGGUUUUUAUGGCGAUGCAAUCACUGCCAAGAACUGUAGAGAGUGUGAGUGCAACAAAUGUGGCACAUCUUCAUGUGAUGACAGGACAGGGGUGUGCCACUGUAAACCAGGUGUCACCGGGCGCCUAUGCGAUCAGUGUGAGGAUGGACACUCAGGUUUUUCUAGCUGUCAGGGAUGUCGAAGGUGUGAAUGUGGCGCCGCCUCCCUACGUCCCACCUGCCACCCACUUACCCACAGCUGCCCAUGCCGCCCAGGGGCUGGGGGCCGCUACUGUGAGCGCUGCCUGCCUGGAUACUGGGACUAUAGCUCAUCUGGCUGCCAGAAGUGUGAGUGUGAGAGUGGUCACUGUGACAUGCACACAGGAGAGUGUCUUCUGGAGGCCGCAAUCAGCCUGUGCAACAGCAGCUGUGAUGAGUGCACCUGGAGCCUGAUCGGAGACCUACGCCUCUCAAACAAGACCCUGGACCAGCUAAAAGUGGCAGUGCUGAAUAUCUCCACAGGGGCAGCUGCCAAUGACCGCAUAAAGUACUAUAACUACACAGCACUCCGGCUACAGACUCAGUUUUCAGAGUGGGAGAAAAGGCGCUUAUUAUUGGAGGCUCAGACUGAUGACUUGGAAACAGCUACAGAUGCCAUUGUGUCUGACAUGGAGCUACUGGAAGAAUCGGACAAUGAGGUGUCCAGUCUGUCAGCACGGCUGGACAACCGUACUCUGCAAAUACUGAAUAAAGCUGAGCUGCUCACCUCUGACCUUUCUGAUCUAAACUUUCGCAUUGAAGACAUGAUCCAUGACUGGGAGCUCUACAGUGUGCAGCAGGAAGUGGCCCCGGAGGUGGUGCGACAGAACACUGAGAUAGCCCAGGGGAUGGUGGCCUGGAUGAGGGCUCUUGACCUGUCCCCUCAAGAACCCCGGGCCAAGGAGGAGUCCACUGAGGCCCAUGAGUUGCUGCGGCACAUUCGCCAGCAGGAAAAGAAACUGGGAGUCACUGAUAGUCGUUUGCCCCCCAUCCGAGAACAACUAACCCGCUUUUCCAACCAGCUGUCCGACGGUCACACCCUCCUACAGCGGGCAGCCAGCACCAUCCAGCAGACCCAGGACAAGAACAGGGUCAACAUCCUCAAAUACCAGAGGAAUGAGGCCAAAUUAAGAAGUCUUUCCAAAGAUUAUGAGAGAGUAAAUGAGACACUGGUAGCAGCCCAAGAAGACUUGUCUCACACAGAAAGUGCAGUGGCCGAAGUGGACUCCAUGGUGGAGAACAUGACCCAGUACCACGCUGCCAUUGAUGGUGCUGGGCAGAAGCUGCAGGAUAAGUCGGAGAGGCUGGCACAGGUCGACACAGACCUGGUGCUAAGAGCAGAUGAUCAUGCGCAGAUGCUGGACACACAGGCCAACGCUCUAGAAGAUGACCUGCGGGAGAGUGAUGCCAAUGGUUUUGUGCAACGGGCCAUCAGUGCAGCCAACGUGUACAACAACAUUAUCAAGUACAUUCAUGAUGCCAACAUCACCUCACGUACCACCUUCAACUUGUCACAGAAAGCUCAAGAGGACAUCAAUACGAUCAACACUCAACUGAAUUUACUUGUAACACGGAGUGACAACGUUUUUAAGGAAUCUGUCUCACUGCAUACAGAGCAAGGGGAGGUAGAAACAGAGGUCACCGACAAGUCACUCUAUAUUCAGGAGACCAGAGACACCAUGGACAAGAACCAGAAAAAACUAGAGGAGAUUCAACAGGACAUUAGUAAAAUCCACACAGACCGUACACCCCAGCGGCUGAACUUCACCCUGAAGGUAGCCGAGGGAACUCUGAACCGCUCCCAAGAUGUGCUCCAGACCAUCACUCCCAUCAGCAACAAGGUGGAGCAGUGGGCCAACAACAUGAAGAAGAAACAAUAUUCGACAGAAGCCUAUGAGAGUGCUGUGAACUCCGCUGGGGAAGCAGUGGAGAACUUGAAUAUACUUGUGCCUGAACUGUUGGAUAAACUCCGAGUUGUGGAGCAGAAGAAGCCUGUGAACAAUGUGACCACCAACAUUUUGAGAAUCCGAGAGCUCAUAGCACAGGCCAGGAGUGUGGCAAAGAAAGUCCAAGUGUCCAUGAAGUUCAAUGGGCAGUCAGCUGUGGAAGUCCAUCCACAUACCAAUCUGGAUGACCUCAAAACGGUCACCUCCAUCAGCCUCUUUAUCAGAGUAGACCCCGACAAGGACCCCAUAGAAGACCGCUUCAUCCUCUACCUCGGUGACCGCAACGGAAAGAAAGACUACAUGGGGCUUGCCAUUAAGAAUGACAACCUGGUGUACAUUUACAAUCUUGGUGGUGAAGAUGUGGAGAUUCCCUUGGGUUCCAAACCUGUCAGCCAGUGGCCAGCAGUCUUCAACUAUGUCAAAGUGGAGAGGCUUGGCAGGCAUGGAAAGGUCUUCCUGACCAUCCCCAGCCAGAGCUCCUCUGAUGAACAGAAAUUCAUCCAGAAAGGCCAAGCUCCAGGGACAGACUCUCUCUUUGACAUCGACCCGAAUGACAUUGUUUUUUUUGUAGGUGGGGUUCCAGCAGGUAUUAAGCUGCCCCCUCCUUUGAGUCUAGCUCCAUUUGUUGGCUGCAUUGAGCUUGAAUCCAUAAACAAUGAUGUCAUAAGUCUAUAUAACUUUAAGGAGAUUCACCAGAUGGACGUGGUAGCUUCUGCACCAUGUCCCAGAUACAAGCUGGCGUUCUCCCAGACCCGAAUUGCCAGUUAUCUGUUCGAUGGCACAGGUUAUGCUCUCAUUAACAACAUUGAGAGAAGAGGCAAGUUUGGUGUUGUCACCAGAUUUGAUAUUUCUGUGAGGACCGUGGCAAAUGAUGGGGUGCUGCUUCUCAUGGUUAAUGGGAUAAAAUUCUUCCUUCUGGAAUUGAAAAAUGGCUACCUACGUCUAGUAUAUGACUUUGGCUUCAGUGGUGGGCCUAACCGUUUAGAGGAAAAACUUCCAGUGUUGCAAAUAAAUGAUGCAAAAUAUCAUGAGGUGUCAGUGAUCUACCAUCAGUCAAAGAAAGUGAUCCUUCUUGUGGAUAAGGGCCAUGUCAAGUCAAUCGAGAAUCCAAAAACCACGCUGCCUUUCUCCCAUGUAUACAUUGGGGGGGUCCCAUCCAGCAUUCUGAAAGCAAGCCCUGAGCUGGCCACAGUGGUGGGACUCAAAGGUUGUGUGAAGGGCUUCCAGUUCCAGAAGAAGGAUUUUAACCUCCUGGAAGAGCCAGGAACUAUUGGCAUCAGCAGCGGAUGUCCUGAGGAGUCCUUUAUGUCACGGAAAGCCUACUUUACUGGAGAAAGUUACCUGGGAUCCACAGCCAAGACAAGUCCAUUUGAUAAUUUUGAAGGGGGGCUGAAUUUCAGAACCCUGCAGCCCAGUGGGUUGCUCUUCUACCAUCAUGAGGGGUCUGAUGAAUUCAGUAUUGCACUGGAGAACGGAGGUGUGGUGCUCAAUAAUAGAGGCAUUAAAGUCAAAUCACACAAGAAACAGUACAGCGAUGGAAGAACACAUUUCUUAGUGGCAUCAGUUAACAAUCAGAAGUAUUCCCUUAUGGUAGAUGACAAAGAUAAGCAGGAGAAGAAACGUCCUGCCUCAGCAUCAAGAACAUCAUCAGACUCUUCACUGAAGAGCUUUUACUUUGGAGGCUCCCCUCACAGCAGUCUGAAGAACUUUACUGGCUGCAUCAGUUAUGCCUACAUUAGCAGGCUGGAGCGAGACAUUGAGCCUGAGGACUUCCAGAAGUACCCAGAGAAAGUCAACAUUUCUCUGCAGGAGUGUCCUGUAAAGCGCCCCCCAGCAGCAUUACUGUCCCAGGACAGGAGAACCAGAGGGGAACACUCCAAGAAAGGGAGCACUGUUCCAGAGGAGCACAACAGUGAUGAUCCAAACACAGAAGGAGUGUCCUGCUCCCAAGCUCAUUUCCCCAGAGCCCCGCAGAACGCCUUCCACUAUGGAGGCUUCAGCCACAGCAGGCAUCACUAUCCACUGCCACAACACACCCUGGACCACCGAUGGCACUUGUCGCUGUCCCUAAAGACUGUUUCCUCCUCUGGUCUGAUGGUAUAUGUAUGUGACAUGGAGGAGCGCUCCUUUAUGGCUCUGUAUUUAGCUCAUGGGAGACUGGAGCUCACCUUGAGUGCCGGAGGGGACCCAGUGACACUCCGCAGCCAGAACGAAUACAACGAUGGAAAGUGGCAUAAUGUGGAUCUGAUUAGUGAUGGAAAUCUGGGACGUCUGAUCAUCGACGGACUCACGCUGCUAGAGACCAGUGCUCCAGAGGACAACAGCACAAAUAGCUCAGUGCAGCUCCAGGGGCCGCUGUAUGUUGGAGGGGUGCCCCCGGGGAAAGCCCAGAAGAAUGUCCCAACAAGCUCUCUACAUAGCAUACCGGGCUGUCUCAGGAACUUGCAGUUGGAUGGAGAGUGGCUGCCAGCCCCAGACAGCUUUGGCGUUAUGCCCUGCUUCAGUGGGCCUUUUGAAGAAGGAACCUACUUCUCUGCAAAAGGAGGACAUGUUCUCUUGGAUGACUCCUUUCACUUGGGACCGAUGUUUGAGCUACAGAUGGAAGUGCGCCCCCGUGUGGACUCAGGACUCCUCUUGCAUGUGCGCACGGUGGAAGGUUACUUCUCCAUCUUCCUGCACCAAGCAACAGUGAUUGUCCUUGUGAAUGAUGGAACGCAUGAAUUUUUCACCAAAGUUAUGCCAAAGCACAGUUUAUGCGCUGGCACGUGGCACAAAAUCACAGUGAUUCGGAAGGCUAAUGUAGUCCAGUUAGCCGUGGACUUGGAGGUAAACCAUGUGGUGGGACCCCAAGGUCCCAGUGUUGGCUACAGUGGGCCUGUGUGGAUCGGCGGGGCACCAAAGUCAGAGCUGCUCCUGCCUGACAGCGUGGGUCCUGUCAAGCCUUAUGUUGGCUGCAUGAGGGGCCUGAACAUUGAUGGACGAGCUGUGAGCUUUAGUAAAGCGGCUUUGGUCCAUGGCGCAGUGAGCGCCAAGGGGUGUCCAACGGAGUAACCCCAUGCACAACUGCACUCCUCUUAUAUAGCACUGACCAAAUUUAAAGAGACUGUGUGUAACAUUUUGACCAUGAAAAAGUCCUUCAUCUGCAAGAAACCUCGUUUUUGUUCUUCCUAGGUGAUUCACAUCUUUAUGUUAGAAAAGCUUUUAAAUUUCACGAUAUGUAAUCAAUCUCCCCUUAAUCUUGGUGAGCUACCAAGAUGACUUUUAUGUCAAAUUGAAAAAAUAAAAAAGAACCACUAGAUGGAGUCACUUCCAGAAGCCCUAGUUAGGUGAUAGUUAAAGUCGAGUUACACAGAGCCCCUUUAACAUGUGUAUUUCAGGUAAAACAUAGCCAAUAAAAAUACACUCUUUGAUCACCAGCUUCCUUGUAUGUCUUCCAAUUUAAUGUUUGUGAGCCAGAGGUGAAUGAGGAGAUUUCAGCUAGAUAUAGGCCUAUAUCCAUAAUAGCCUAUUGAAAUUGAUGCUUUGAAAAACCUAUGAACUUAAAGGAAUUAUAGGCCUAUGUAAGAUUUCAAUUCUAUAAACAUGACCUACACACAGCUCCUUUAAAAAUAAAGCAUAGCCUAUUUUCUAUGCGUUGCACAUGUUGCACACAAGAUCUAAUAAUAAAUAAACCUACGACUUCAACCAAACUACACAUGUCAACUGCACACCAACUACUGCACAUAUAGCAUUAACAGUAUUCACAUCUUAAUUCAUUAAAAGUCACAUUCUUUUUUCUCUUACUAACAUGACACUCUGUUGUUCCAUCUAAUUCCGUCUUAUAAAUUUACAAAGAAAUAUUAAUCUACUUUCUCAUAUACAGUCUUUUUUUAUUUCAGAAUUUCAAUGAAUAAUAUAACAUUCAUAUAUAAAAGGGGCGAUUUCAAAGCUCUAAUUUAAAGGAAUACAUACAAAAAGUUUAAAAAGGACAUAAGAAAACCAGCCUCUUUUCUCUCAAUUAGACCCAAUGAGCUAGAUUUCAGCUAAUUUUUCAAGUUUGGUUUAAUAAGUUAAGUUAAGUUUUUUCAUGUUUGGUUUAAUAUUAAA